GAAGAGAAAAUCUUCAACGCAACCCUGUUUGGCCCACAAGAAAAUACAGAGAAGAAAUAGGUAGAGAAUGCGCAGAUCGUUAACAUCGCUGCUUCGACCACUCGCGGGGGCGCGUGGGUUUUCCACGAGCUCCGAGAAAAUUGUGGCCUCCGUUCUGUUCGAGAGAUUACCCGUCGUUAUUCCCAAAAUGGAUCCUGUGGUUUAUGCGUUUCAAGAGUUCUCCUUUCGGUGGCGGCAGCAAUAUAGACGCAAAUAUCCUGAUGAGUUCUUGGACAUGUCUAAAUCUAGGGGAAAAGGUGACUACCAAAUUGACUAUGUUCCAGCUCCAAGGAUCACUGAAGCUGACAAAACAAAUGACAGAAAGUCAUUGCAGAGGGCACUUGAUAGAAGACUGUAUCUUCUUCUUUAUGGUGAUAGUAAUGGAGCUCCUAGUGGGAAACCUGUGUGGCAUUUUCCAGAAAAAGUUUACGAUUCCAAGGAAACAUUGCGCAAGUGUGCAGAGUCUGGCUUAGAAUCUGUACUUGGAGACCUUUCUAACACUUACUUCGUUGGGAAUGCUCCCAUGGGGCAUAUGGUUAUAGAGCCGAAGGAGAAUGUGCCCGAACCAUAUAAGCGAUUCUUCUUCAAGUCUCAAGUGAUUGAUACCAACAAGUUCAACAUCCGGAAAUGCGAGGAUUUUGUCUGGGUGACCAAGGAUGAACUGUUGGAAUAUUUUCCUGAAGAAGCUGAAUUUUUUAAGAAGAUGAUUAUCAGCUGAUGGCAGAUUGUUCCUUUUGAUUUCCAAGCCGUAGUCUUUCUUAUAACCCAUUUA